AUGACAUUCCGUCGCUUCUUCACCUCUUUCGCGCUGCUCGGUUUGCUCGCUGGCUCGUGCAACGCCGCCGUCAUCGCUCGGGACGCAACCAAGACCUUGUCGACGCCUCGAGGAAGCGUCCAAGCCUACUCCAGCAACGGCGUCGACCGAUAUACCGUCCCAUACGCCGUCCCGCCGGUCGGCACGAACCGCUUCCAGGACCCGGUCGACGUCGGCAGCUUCGCGAGCAGCCUCUCCCUCGCCCUCUCGCCGCGUUCCUGCCACGCCCCUCGCUCGCUCAGCCUCGACGCCUCGAAGCUCCCGCCUGUGUGCGCACAGCUUGACGCAAAUGGUCAGGUUACAGGCUCGGAAGACUGUCUCUACGUGACCAUCUACACCCCGAGCACGGCCACUCCUUCGAGCAAGCUCCCCGUCCUCGCUUGGGUCCACGGCGGCUCCUUUAUGAGCGGCGGAACAGCCGACCUCGACCCUUCCGCCUUUGCCAAGUCGCAGAACGCCGUCGUCGUGCUCGUUUCAUACCGCCUCGGCGCGCUUGGUUGGCUGAAGUACGACAAGUAUGGCUUCACGGGCAAUUACGGCCUGAAGGAUGUCAUCCUCGCGCUCAAGUUCAUCCAGUCGGACAUCGCGGCGUACGGUGGCGACCCCUCGACCGUCACUCUUGCCGGCCAGUCAAGCGGCGCCGAAAUCGUCAAGAGCCUCCUCGUCACGCCUUGCGCCGCGAACCUUUUCCGCCGCGCGAUCAUGCACUCCGCCCCGCUCGACUACAACGACCAGACUGUCGAGACCGCCAACGGCGUCGGCGCAGCCUUUGUAGACCGUUUCGCACACUGCCGCGGCUGGGUCUGCGUCAAGACCGCUAGCGUCGACUCGAUCCUCGAGUGGCAGGCCGAGCUCGUCCAGCAGGCGCAACUCGGCAACUUGUCCGUCCCAGGCGUCGCGAUGGCCGAGCCGCUCAAGACUUGCAUCGACGGCUCGCUCGUUACCCGCGAUUUCCGCCAGGUCGUCCAGUCAGGCGGACAGCUCGAGAACCCUUCGCGCGAGCUCAUCUUCACGACAACCAAGGACGAGGCGUGCCUCACGAUCUACCAAGUGUUCGGGUUGUACUUCGGCGCCGGUCCUUACCCUCAAACGCUCGACGACCCUUCCGUACAAGGAUUGCUCGCGAUAUUCUACGGAAACCGAGUCGCGGCGAUCAAUCAGUCUGGCUUGUGGGAUGCCUCGCUGCUCCCCAGUGACGACGAUGCGGUCAGGAAGCAGCUUGUUCGCCUUGGGACAGACUUUGUCUGGACCUGCCCAAACACCGUCUCCGCAAGGGCGUUGAGCAACGCCGGCAAGGUCUUCCUCGCCGAGUUCGACAUCGGCGUUCCGUUUAACGGCGCUUCCACUCCCACUCUCUGCAAGGACCGCGUCGGCCACCAAGACGACCUUCCCCUCCUCUUCCGCAUCCCCUCCUCCUCCGCACGCCUUACCUUCGUCCAGCAAACCGCUCAGCUCGAACUCUUCACCCGCUGGUCGGCAUUCAUGCGCAGUGGCGACCCGAACGCGAGCGGCUACGCUGCUUGGCCGCUCGUCGCCGGACAGGCGGGCCAGGAGAAGGUCUUCGUCUUCGGCGGAGCGGACGGGAAGAGCAAGGGUGCAGUCCAGACUGCGCCGAGGAAGGACGAGUGCGCCGUCUACACCUUCGCCUAG